AUGGGUCGUCGUAAACCCAUCGUAACAACAGAUCCCCACCCUGAUCUCAACGAUGGGUCUGUUUCCGAUAGCGAACUCCUCGCUCCCGCCGCUCCCAAACUCAAUCUCCGCGAAGCAUGGGAAUACGAAUUUCGAGAUCAAGUUGAUCCGACAGUGGCAUUCUUUUAUAAACCGCGAACGGUGCGACUUUUGGUCCUCAUGCUCGCUGGACUCGUCUACCUCGCCCUCUUUGUCAUGAAAGACGAUAAUGUCGUAUUCAAUACCAAAGUAGGCUUGGGCGCAUCAGGUGCCAUGCUACUGUUGAUUGGCAUGCUCCAGUUCCGGGAUGGACCUUUUAUCCGACCUCACCCGGCGUUUUGGCGGAUUGUCUUGUCGGCCAGUGUGGUGUAUCAAAUGAUUCUCGUUUUUAUAGUCUUUCAGAGUAAACAUUCCAUGCGAUCCUUGUUGAAAUAUGUGGAUCCAACAUUGGGUGUCCCCCUCCCUGAACGAUCGUAUGCCGACAAUUGUGAAUUGACGGCUGAAUCCCUCUGGGACCAAAUGGACGUUUUUGUAAUCGCGCAUGCACUCGGAUGGUACGCCAAAGCCAUCGUGUUGCGUGAUUACUGGUUUUGCUGGAUUCUGUCCGUCAUGUUUGAAAUGAUGGAGUAUUCUCUUGCGCACCAGUUACCGAAUUUUGCAGAGUGCUGGUGGGAUCAUGUACGUGUGAUCGAUUGUUCCUUUUGUUUUCGUACAAUGCUGAUUUUGGAUCUAUUUUCGAAUUUUUGGGGAUAUUGGACUGAUUUCCAAUGGGAAGGCACUAAAACAUUUAAAAACUUUUUGGCAGUUAUUUUACUCUUGUACCUUGUCCUCCAAUGCGAACUCAACGCCUUUUACCUAAAAUACCUCCUCUGGCUCCCCCCAUCCAACCCCAUCAACAUCCUCCGUCUCAUUCUCUACUUUUUCCUCGCCCUCCCCGCAACCCGCGAAGCCUACCAAUACCUUAUCGACCGCCGAUGUAAACGUCUCGGCAUGCACGCAUGGAUGGCGACAGCCAAUAUCCUAACCGAAUUACUCAUUUGCAUCAAAUUUGGUCGAGGAGAAUUCGUGGAGCCUAUGCCGUGGGGAAUUAAAAUUGGGUGGGGAUGCUUUUUGGCGGUUGUUGGGGGAUAUGCGAUGGUCAAGUUUGGGUUGGGGAAUGGGAAACAAAAGGUUGUGUAA